AUGUGUUGUUGUAAGCCCUCGAAAUGGCGAAGCGAGCGAAAAGAAGUCCAAGAUCAUAAAUUUGAUUUUGUAGAUAUAGACGAUUUUUAUGAGAACUCAUUUACAAGAAAAUUGAAAUAUAGUUUAGUUUUUCUUGUGGUCCUAAAGACAAUACUUGUAUACGUUGCAGAUUUAUGGACAGCUGGAAUUCUAUUGAUAUUUGAUAGAUGGGGAUCAACUGUAAAACCGAAAAUUCCGUUUUUUGUUUCAAAAUGGAUCUAUGUUAUUGCUAUUUUAAUGUCAUUUAUAAUUUUAGCUUGGGAUAUAAAGAAAGCUAGACCUAUUGUAGCUUCAAGGGAUAUUUCUUAUACAUUUACAAGUCUUGUUGCAACAAGAUUCUAUACAUUAAAAAGUUAUUCACAUUAUUGUUUCUUUUGUCAAAUUCAAGAGUCAACGACUAUAACUGACUCCGUAGCCUUUUUUAUAUAUUUUACAUCUAAAGGAUGGAAACGCCUGAUACUUGCCGAGUUGCCACGUCAAGCCAUUAAUGCUAUGACACUUUAUUCAAUUAUUCAAUCCAACAAGACACGAAGAUAUUGGAAUAUUUCAGCUUAUGGAGAUACCAUUGUUCAACGACUAGCUAUGGCCUUGAUGGCCUUUACACUUAUCGUUUUUAUUUUUUCAUUUUCCUUACUGAUCUUAGCAUUCAUCAUGUAUAUUCCACUUUUGUGUCAUAUUAGAGGAAAUCUUAAAGAAUAUUGUUGUCAUAAAGUCGAUAAGAGAAUUGCAUUUUUACUUAAAAUGAAAUCUAAAAAACGUGUAAUGCAAUAUAAACAGCAAGCAGAAGCAAAAGCUAAAGGUGAUUACAAUCAUAUGAAGAAAAGUGGCGAUGCAAUUCUACUAUAUAAAGAACCUACACUCCCCAUCUUUGAAGACGAUAACCCCAAGAAACCAUUAAAUACACAUUUGGGAAUUCCACCGCCGUAUAUUUCGAGACCAGGCUCACCGGCACCUCCAUAUAUUUCGAGGCCAGGUACUCCGGGUUAUCCGUCAAGACCUGGUACACCAGGUUAUCCCAUAAGAGUAGGGUCGCCUGCCUUGGUACCUGGAAUGCCAGGGUUUCCAUCUAGACCGGGAACCCCAGGGUAUGGACAAGUGAAACCUUACGGUCCGCCAAAUGGACAACAACCGACUCCAGUUUUGACGCGUCGUAAUAGCGUUUCAUCAGUAACGUCUGGAACCUCUGCUUACUCAAGUACAACAUCCUAUGGUUUGGCUGGACCUGGAGGAUAUCAACAUCCUUAUGGCCCUCCUAGUAGAUCACAAACACCGCCGACAAUCCAACCAAAGCACGAUUACGAUCAUAAUUUAAUUGCGCGAGCUGUAUUUAAUAAUGCUGAAUUAAGUAAUAGACAAAUUAAUACACCCUCUGAAUCGGGCAAUGAUGAUGACUCAAACUCUGAAUACGGUGGAUCUCAAUCAUCUUUAGGUGAUAAUACAGCUACCAAACCCUUGAUAAAUCGACAAAAUACAUAUAGAGCACCUUCAUCGAUCCGUUCUUAUUCUACAGUAUCAUCAAGGUCGAAUUCUAGUUCGCGUACUCCUACUCCUAUACCUACUGGAUCUCAUCCCUCAAGGUAUCAACAUGAUAACAGGACACCCAGAUAUAAUAAUUAUACACAACAAGGGGGCGGACUAAAUAGAAAUUAG